UGAGGGGCGCCUUGCGGUGAAGUGGGCAGCGAGUUCCGGUUCAAUCAUAGAUAUGACCCACAGGCUGGGGUCAACACUCGUCUUCUGCGCCUUGACCGUGACAGUCGCCGGCGCCUCGCAAGACACGGACCAGGAAAAGGUUGCACCGCGGAAUGACUUCGUUCUUCCGGCACUCGACAGUUUUCCUUCAAUACUGGCGUUUCGACAGAGACACCGCUCGGCUGAAGACGAGCUCCCCUACAGCGUAAAGCGAGAAUACGAUAGUGCUAUGGAUGCCAAAGAGCCGGAACCCCCGCGAGUGUCACCCCCGGCCUGGCACGUCCUGUUCCCACGAAGUACAAACGUGGUUCUCCCCGGUGCCAUCAUAGUUGACCCCCGCCACGGCAUCCUGCUUCCAGAGGGCGGAUCAAGGUCGGAGAUGGAGCCCAUCAUCCGGGACAGCUUUUACAUCAUGGAACGGUACCUCAACAAGAGGAACCAGACUCAAUUACCGAUCGUCAAGUCCAGAAAACGACGAAGUUCAAAUCGCGGCUGGCAACCUUUCCAAUCGAGGUCAGCUAAUCAGUCAUUUUCUAGAUCCACGGUCACAGGUGGCGUUGCACGACAGCUCACUAUCGACCCAUUUUAUUCGAACGUUCCCCCCAAAAACAACGAAAACCAUCGACAAGCUUGUACGUUGCAAGUUUCACAAAACGGGACGCUGGAAUGCCGUCCGCUUGUUCCUCAAGGAACUCUACGACAUGUUGCGCGUGGGCCUGAUCAACUGUUUCCCAAAAAACCUGCCGCAAGCAUCACGGCACGACGGACGACAACCGACGGAUUGCCCUCACGCGUAGUGUUCCAGAGUAACGACAGCCAGCAAGGCUCACAAAACGAGACGCUGCCAUAUUCCCUACUCGGUCUUCAAGGCUCCAACACUUCCUUGCUGAGUACAGCGCUUAGGCCUAACUCGAUUAACGCGACAUUCCCUUUCAAAGACGCCAUGGCACGACAGCGAGCGAAGCGGCAUCGGUUGGUUCCUGUCCCUAUCCGGGCUCGCAGGAACAGGCGGGAUGUUUUACCGUACUACGCCAAAACUGCGUUUGCCCGUGGCUACGAUCCCACCUUGAAGAAUAGGACGCUGAUGACGACAUUUGCGAGGGCAUCUGAAGCGGUUCUCCAGACCUUUCAGUCGGAUUAUCUGCAUAACUCGUCAGGGGCAAACAGAUAUCCGGGAGAACUGUACAACUUUGUCGUCGAUAAGGGUGAUAAGAAGAGUGCGUUCCUGUUGGGUCUUGAGCACGAAAACGUUACCUUGGACGAAGCGCUCCGUAAGGUUUACGAGAAACUGAAGGCCGAAGACGUGAAGAGGUUUGGAGCUCUGCAGUCGGAAAUCGCGAAGGAAAUGACUUCACACGAGACUGAAGGGAGCGAACGCGGCAUUCGCCGCCAACUACAAGGACACGAGUGGUCUGAGUUCAAAGAUAAGCAUUCUAUGAAGAAACGGCACAGAGGCGGUGGCCACCGACGCGCUUCAAACGAUGGUGACGACACCGGCAAUCAAGCUGAAUACAAUGGUGACGUAAAGGAAUCCAACGACCACCCCUACCGUAACCCGCGUAACUACCAGAGACAGCCGUACGGCGUACGCAACGACGCACAGCAAGCCAUCGACUCGUUCAGAAGACGACCACUACGAGCUUCGAGGCAACAGGGACACGACGACCUGGCAAGACCACCUCCAAGUAAACAAGAGUUGGAAGAGAUCGUCUCAGUUAACGGUCACCCCUACGUUCUUAUUAAGGAUCCCGAGGUGAGGACGAAGGCGGAUGAAGACGAAGGCAGUCGCGGUUCGGGUGCGCGCCACCAGCUCGGUUCGGCCUACUGGCCUCUGAACGGGAAGAAAGUUGACCUGAGUUUCCUCAACUCCUUGAAACCGGGCGGCUUGAUAACCCCGGAUCCGGCUAUUCUAAAAGACGACCAGUCAAUGUAUCCGUUGGCUGUUUUGUUCGUGGUUCCAGGACGGCCCCUGCUUCGCGCUCUUCAGCAGAUAAGGGGUGAACAGUCAGCCCAGAAGCGGAGCUUAAGUUGGCACGGUUCAAAGAAAGGGAACAGUGGUCUCAUUGGUAAGGAGCUGAUAUGUGAUCGUUCAGGAGGAACUGUUAUCUGUUACAGCACGGACAAUAGCACUUUGACGAUGUCAUCCGUAAUGUAUGCCUGA